AUGCUUUUUCACGAAAAGCCCUAAAUAUACUCGGGCCGGUGGCCGCGGUUUGCUUCGGGAAGGUUAUCCAACGGGCAAGACCGCCGAAGGAACCUCAGGCGAGCCGAGCGAGCGCCUGUUUCGACCGGGCCGGGAAGGAAGAAGAAAAAAAAGACGGUGUGCGCGACAUUUGAAGAUAACUUGCCCGCAGACGACCGACGAAAAGAAGUGAAGCCGCCCUUCGGCGCCGAUCGAGUUCCGGCCAAGCUCGGCUAAACGUUACACGCCGCGAACACCGACACCCGACUCCAGCGACUAAGUGUUGCGCGGAAAUCGCCGUCGACGCCGUCCCUCUGUGCUUGUAGUAGCGAGUUUUUUGUUACCGCCGCCGGCGCGACUUGCUUCCUCAGUGCUUGCGAUUCAAGAUGGGAGACGGGGGUCCGUACUCUGACGGCUACAUGGAACAGGAAGAGGAGUGGGAGCGCGAGGGACUACUCGAUCCGGCAUGGGAGAAACAGCAACGCAAGACCUUCACGGCAUGGUGCAACUCUCACCUUCGCAAGGCGGGCACCCAGAUCGACAACAUCGAGGAGGACUUCCGCAACGGUCUCAAGCUGAUGCUGCUGCUCGAGGUGAUCUCGGGCGAGACGCUGCCCAAGCCCGACCGGGGCAAGAUGCGCUUCCACAAGAUCGCCAACGUCAACAAGGCGCUCGACUUCAUCGCAUCCAAGGGCGUCAAGCUCGUCUCCAUCGGCGCCGAGGAGAUCGUCGACGGCAAUGUCAAGAUGACCCUCGGUCUCAUCUGGACCAUCAUCCUCCGCUUCGCCAUCCAGGACAUCUCCGUCGAAGAGAUGACUGCCAAAGAAGGUCUGCUGCUGUGGUGCCAGAGAAAGACUGCCCCCUACAAGAACGUCAACGUCCAGAACUUCCACCUCAGCUGGAAGGAUGGUUUGGCCUUCUGCGCCCUCAUCCAUAGACAUCGUCCCGACCUCCUAGACUAUGGAAAGCUCAAGAAGGAGAACCCAUUGGAUAACCUGAACCUGGCUUUUGACGUCGCUGAGAAGCACCUGAACAUUCCCAGGAUGUUGGACGCUGAAGACAUGAACAGCACAGCCAUGCCUGACGAGCGGGCCAUCAUGACCUACGUGUCCUCCUACUACCACACCUUUGCCGGAGCACAGCAGGCUGAGACCGCCGCGAACCGCAUCUGCAAGGUGCUCAAGGUGAACCAGGAGAAUGAGCGUCUCAUGGAGGAGUAUGAGCGCCUGGCCAGUGAUCUUCUGGACUGGAUCCGACGGACCACGCCGUGGCUGGAGAACCGCACGACGGACAACACACUGCCGGGCGUGCAGAAGAAGCUGGAGGAGUUCCGCGCCUACCGGCGCACGCACAAGCCUCCGCGGGUGGAGCAGAAGGCUAAGCUGGAGACCAACUUCAACACGCUGCAGACCAAACUGAGGCUUAGCAACAGGCCGGCCUACCUGCCUUCCGAGGGCAAGAUGGUCUCGGACAUCGCCAGCGCCUGGAAGGGCCUGGAGACGGCCGAGAAGGGCUUCGAGGAGUGGCUCCUCUCCGAGAUGAUGCGGCUGGAGCGCCUCGACCAUUUGGCGCAGAAGUUCAAGCACAAGGCGGACAUCCACGAGGAGUGGACGCGGGGCAAGGAGGAGAUGCUGCAGAGCCAGGACUUCCGCCAGUGCCGCCUCAACGAGGUCAAGGCCCUCAAGAAGAAGCACGAGGCCUUCGAGAGCGACCUGGCCGCACACCAGGACCGCGUCGAGCAGAUCGCUGCCAUUGCGCAGGAGCUCAACGCCCUGGGCUACCACGAUGCGGCGACGGUGAACGCGCGCUGCCAGCGCAUCUGCGACCAGUGGGACCGGCUGGGCACGCUGACGCAGAAGCGGCGCAGUGCCCUCGAGGAGGCGGAGCGUGUGCUUGAGAAGAUCGACCACCUGCACCUGGAGUUCGCCAAGCGGGUGGCGCCCUUCAACAACUGGCUGGACGGCGCGCGCGAGGACCUUGUCGACAUGUUCAUCGUUCACACCAUGGAGGAGAUUCAGGGCCUGAUGGACGCCCACGAGCAGUUCAAGCAGACCCUCGGCGAAGCCGACAAGGAGCACAAGGCCAUUAUCGGCCUGGCACAGGAGGUGCAGACCAUCGCCAGUCAGUACCAGGUGCCCGGCGGUGUCGAGAACCCCUACACCACUCUCACCUCUCAGGUGAUCACAAGCAAGUGGUCUGAUGUGAAGCAGCUGGUGCCCAAGAGGGACCAAGUCCUCCAGGCCGAGCUCAUGAGGCAACAGUCGAAUGAGCGCCUGCGCCAAUUUGCCGAAAAGGCCAACGUUGUCGGUCCCUGGAUCGAAAGGCAGAUGGACGCCGUGGCGGCCCUUGGCAUGGGAAUGCAGGGCUCGCUGGAGGAGCAGCUGAAGCGGCUGCAACAGUACGAACAGGCGGCGGCGCAGUACCGGCCGCACCUGGAAGAACUGGAGCGCACGCACCAGGAGGUGCAGGAAGCGAUGAUCUUCGAGAACCGGUACACGCACUACACGAUGGAGACGCUGCGGGUGGGCUGGGAGCAGCUCAUGACUUCCAUCCACCGCAACAUCAACGAGGUGGAGAACCAGAUCCUUACGCGCGACUCCAAGGGCAUCACCCAGGAGCAGCUGAACGAGUUCCGCAUGUCCUUCAACCACUUCGACAAGAACCGCACGGGACGGCUCACGCCGGACGAGUUCAAGUCUUGCCUUGUCAGCCUCGGCUACAGCAUCCGCAACGACCGCCAGGGUGACGCUGACUUCAGGCGCAUCAUGAACAUUGUGGACCCGAACAACACGGGCUACGUCCACUUCGACGCCUUCCUUGACUUCAUGACUCGGGAGAGCACAGACAGGGACACGGCUGAGCAGAUUAUCGACUCCUUCAGGAUUCUGGCCGGUGACAAGCCAUACAUCACCGCAGAAGAGCUUCGCCGGGAACUUCCGCCGGACCAGGCGGAAUAUUGCAUCCGACGCAUGGCUGCGUACAAGGGCCAUGGCGCUGUCCCCGGAGCGCUGGACUACAUGUCGUUCUCGACGGCGCUGUACGGGGAGAGCGAUCUCUAGAGCACUGUCGCACGUUUUUGCUUUGUUAUUUAUUUUUUUCUUUUCUCUCUGUUGGCAAAAAAAAGAAAAAAGGAAAAGGAAAGAAAAUUUACACUUUUUUUUCCUCCCCCUGCGAGUACUGGAAGGAAUUUGUGGCAGGGGGCAGUGCAGGAAAGACGUGAAACGAGCCAGUCCGAGACCGGCUACAAGCCGAUUGCCGCUGAUGGAAGGUUUGGCUCAAACUGCUCUGAAGUCGGCUACGAGCCAGCAUCAGUGGCUGGGAGCUGGUUUUUCUUUAUUAUGACCACCGUGUCAAGGUCUCGUGCGAUCGGCUCUCCGCUAUUUUAUUUUGUUUUCCGGCCAAUCAUUCUGUUGUCCCUGCCCAAGGCAGGUCUAGGUUUGCAUUGGUGUUACGUCAGCGUGGGUUCAGAGGUAUGAACCGCAGCAUGAAAGAAGGAUCACUUGAAUUUCAUUAUCUGAAGUCUCCAGUCCCAUGGAAGGGACAAAAUUGACGCUGACUCGCAAGGGCUUGAGGCUGCAAGUUGGAAGGCAGUACCUGCCGUUCCAACUCGUAUACAUGUAGUGCCGCAUCGUUUGAGCUUGCAGUUCGUUUUAGGGCUGCGCUGUGAGAGCUAUAAGCAGUGAGUUUUGCAAAUACAUGACUGCUAGGAGACUGAGGUUAAGAUCCCAGCGUGAAGCGCACUUUCUGACGACACCGGUGCAACCUAAUGCUUUGUUUAGAACAAAGCUGAUGAAAUUGAAAGCGUCUAACGUCGGUGGCACAAUCUGAUGAUUCUGCGGAAUUGGUUGUGCCGGAAAAAAAAAAUGUUCUGGACUCUUAUCUCUUCGUCUUUUGAUCACCUCUUUCUUUGCUGAGCAUUUUACAGCGGAGCGAAAUUUUCUCGCUGAAGCCCAAAGUUUUCGCAGUGAUGUUGAGGUUGUGAGCUUGAGUCAAAAGCGUUGAAAAAACAUGUGAAACGACCGACUUCUGCAUUGCCCCUUGGACUCUCCCAAGUCUUUGUUUGGCACAAAAUGUAUCUCGAAAUAGGCUGAUUACUUUUUUUUUUGCUUUGUCGAGCACGUGAGACUACUUUUUUUUUUUUUAACGUAGACAAAGCCGCGGCCUCAUAUUUCUACCAAUCACUCAAAAAAAUAAAAAAAAUAACUACACCUCUUCUUAGUCUUCCCGACCAAGCCCAAACAUUUUCUAUCUCGUGCGCGGCACAGCUCUUCGGCCACGAGCCCAAGAAGUCAUUGUCGUAACCAAUUUUUGUACUGCCAACAUAGCAUGCGAGUCGGGAGCAUGCUUCUCGAGGUGCUAAUUAACAAAAUAAUAAACCCAACAGUUCGUUAGUGACAGACAAGCGACAUCAUUUUGACCCCUCCCAAGCUGCCGUCAACCAUCCUGCCAUUGCUUGCAGAGCUGUCAAUGUGUCCGCGUUUUUCCGGCAUUGGGGGUAGAAACUAGACAGUGUUGUGUCGCAGUAUCUGAAUACGUAAUUUGUUUAAAGUGCUGCAGUCGACGUGUACAUCGCUUCAUUUUUGGGCGUAAGCGUUGUAAAUUCAACUCUAUCCAGCUCUUCUUGCGCUUUCACUGUUCCGAGGAUUAGCAUCUUAAUGUAUUCGUCUUGAAAUUGACAAUUACGGAAACGGAACAGCGUGCCGAGUCUUCUCUUGCUCAAGCAGUCCUCGCUUCUCUUCGACACCUGGUUAGGACUUUUGUUAUCGCCUUUUCCGUGCGUGUGGCUAAAAACGGCUUGUUUCAUUUUUUGUUUCAGUCUUCAAAACGAUAGCUUCCAGUUUCUUGACUGUUGUCCCUUGUUCUUGUUUUUCUCUCCCUAUCACUCUGUUAAAAGUUUUCUUUGGGUGUCAUAAUCUCCCAGAGCUAGUCUAGAGACUUCACAUAUAUUUAAAUGCUGAAAAGGAGAUUAAAAAAAAAGAAAGAAAGAAGAGAAACGACGUUGGUGCAUCGGCAGCGAGGUGUGUUGUGCCGUACCUGUCAUCAGCCGUCAGUGCCUACGUCCAAAGCAAUUGUCAGGCGAGCCUUUUUAGAACCCACCACGUCGUAGUCUCGAAUCUAGAUUUUUUUUUUUCCUCGGCCAUGAACGCACUUCUAUAGAUUAUGUACUAAUGAUUUUGUUUAGGAUCUUGUGAAGCGGGUCGCGAUGCUACCGGGCUGGUUGUGUGUGCAUGUAUGUACUAUGUAUGUGUGAACAUUAUACUUCUCGGUAUGUUCUUUGUGUGCGCAUGUGUGUGUGGUGAAUGUGCGAGUAUUUUCUCAAUCCCUUUUGACCGUUGUCUGUCAGCUAUAUUUUUUUGGCGAAGAAUAAUCUUGACAAGUCGGUUGCAACGCUUCUGCCAAGCGAUAACAUGAAAUAUGGUAUACAAACAACAGCGGCCUAGUGGUGAAAGUUUGUCGAUCCGGAAAUUUGCCUCAAAAACUGCGAAAUGCACCAUUCGUUUACUUUUGCCGCGAAAUUUGCACAUGUGAGAGUUUUGACUUGCCAGCUUCCAGUGCAUUUAAACUGUAUUGUCUGCUCUCGCCUGCGAAACAAUGCAAAAUAUGUCUGUGAAAGGCUGGAAGUGUCAAGCGGUACGUUUACUACUGGAACCUGUCCAUUCGUGCCAACUAUGCAAUCCUGUUGCCAGUAUUGUUUUAUAUUUGACUGGCUUUGGAUUUGGCUAUCACUUAGUGUCAACCGGAUGACAUUACUAUUUUUUUUUCUUCACAAAUUUAGAGUAAUGAAAUUGACUUCUCCUAGGUAGAUCUCGUACCCUGGAGGAGUAUCUGUGGUAGAUUCCUCAGUGUAGUUGAGAGAUAAGUCGACGAGAAACGGACGUCUGCGGCGCGUCGAGUCGCAGUUUGUCGGAAGCUUAUACCGCAAUGGCUGACUGCGCGUAAUGUGUUUGUGUGCGUCUGUUUCUUAAUGUGUUGUUUGUGCUUCAUGACUGCGAGGUGCCAAAUGUAGACAGUACUUUUAAACUGCCUCAUUGCAGUGGGUGUUGCCAAGUGCAGAAUUCGUUCUGACGGGAUGACGAGAGACAUUAGUUUUUUUUUGUUUUUUUUUCUUAGACGACGCACUGCACAAGCUUUUGCUAUGUCAGAGAAGCUGAACAACUCGCACUUUGACUCUUUUGUCUCGAUCGUAUGUACUUCCGCAUUGCUCUAGGUUGUGUGUUACCCGCUGAACAAAAAAAAAACGAAAGUCUGUUUUUGUUCCGAAAUGGCAGUGUGCGAACAUUUUUUUUUUUUUUUCUUUGUGUGCGAAACAUACUGGCCUGGGUACUGGGGGAAAUAUGCCGAGAUACAUUUGUGGAACAUCACAAACACCACAUAUCGUCGCUCGCCUGUGAAUUGGAAAAAGUUUUUUUUUUUUUUUCUGGCUGUAAUAAAUAAAAAACAGUGUUUGAACAUA